CGGAAGCGCUAUGACGGGCGGGGGGCGGACGAGGAGAUGGAGCUGGAGGGCGCGGAGGGCCUGGAGCCGGAGGGCCUGCUGGAGGGCAAGGAGCUGGCGCAGGACGGCGGCUCGCUCAGCGACAGCAGCGACGACGAGGAGGACGGCGAAGGGGGCAGCCUCGGCGACGGCAGCGGCGCGGAGGGCGGCAGCUGCAGCAGCAGCAGGCGGUCCGGGGGCGACGGCGGGGACGAGGCGGAGGGCAGCAGCGUGGGCGCGGGGGAGGGGGAGAGCGUCCGGCACUUCCCGCUGGCCAGGCCCAAGUCGCUGCUGCAGAAGCUGCACGUCUCCUUCCAGGGCUCCUGGCUGAAGGAGUUCCCAUGGCUCUACUACUGCCAGGAGACCGGCCUCAUGUCCUGCGCCUGGUGCACCGCCGCGGCGGCUGCCGCCGCCCCGCCCGAGCUGAUCCUGGCGGGCGGCCCCGUGCCCGGCGGCCACGACGAACUCUGCAAGGGCACCCGCAACUACAAGCGGGCCCUGCUGCUGCGGCACCACCUCUCCGCCGAGCAUCGCCUCAAUGAGCCGGGCAGCGCCGAGCAGGAGUCGGAGUUACCGUCAGAACUGAAUAAUGAAGGAUACUGUGAUUUUAACAGCAGGCCAAAUGAGAACUCUUACUGCUAUCAGCUCCUGCAAGAACUAAAUGAGCAGAGGAAGAAAGGCAUUCUUUGUGAUGUCAAUAUUGUGGUGAGUGGGAGAGUCUUCAGAGCUCACAAGAACAUCCUGGUUGCAGGCAGCCGCUUCUUUAAGACUCUGUAUUGCUUUACAAACAAAGAAAGCCGUAACCAAACCACUGUUACCUAUUUAGAUGUUGUUGCUGUUCAAGGUUUUUCUGUCAUUUUGGACUUCUUGUAUUCUGGGAACCUCGUGCUUACGAGCCAAAAUGCCAUUGAAGUGAUGUCAGUGGCCAGCUACCUUCAGAUGACGGAGGUUGUCCAGUCUUGCCGCAAUUUCAUUAAAGAUGCCUUAAACAUAAGUAUAAAAUCAGAAGCUCCGGAGACCGUUGUCGUGGAUUAUAACAGGAGGUCUGUUAGUAGGGAUGGUAUGUCUCCAAGGGAUCAGAAAGUUGCCAGCUUCUGGGCAACACGAAACCUUACCAACUUGGCAAGUAGCAUAAAAACUGAGAACGAUGGUUACUCUAUUGAUGAGGCCCAAAUUGAAAGCUACCAAAUGAAUGACUGCAGUUGGGUCCAGGACAGCUCACCUGAAAUGGCCGAAAAUGAGUCUCAAGGUGAGGGAAAAGUUUUUGUGUGGAAUGACAUGGGCUCACAGGGACAAUCAGUUCAAGAACCUGGAAAAGCAAGAAGGAAAAACCAAACUGCAAAAAGAUUUAUUUAUAAUAUACCACCUAAUACUGAAGAGAACUCAGAAGAUUGCUCAGUGUUGCAACCAUCAGUCCCAUAUCCGGAAGAAGAUCUGUCAUUCAUUAAAGAAGAAGCAGGGACAUCAAGUGACUUCAAGUAUGGAUUGCUGCCGGGGACAUCAAGUGACUUCAAGUAUGGACUACUGCCGGGUACUUCAAGUGACUUCAAGUAUGGACUGCUGCCGGGUACUUCAAGUGAUUUCAAGUAUGGAUUGCUGCCAGAAUCUUGGCCAAAGGAUGCUUGGGAAAAUGGUGAUUCCUCUACUUUAAUCAUGAACAAGCUGAAGUGUCCACACUGUAAUUAUGUAGCCAAAUACAGAAGAACACUAAAGAGACACUUGCUCAUUCACACAGGCGUGAGGUCUUUCAGUUGUGACAUCUGUGGGAAGCUGUUUACUCGAAGAGAGCACGUCAAGAGACAUUCCUUGGUGCAUAAAAAGGAUAAAAAGUAUAAAUGCAUGGUAUGUAAGAAGAUCUUCAUGCUAGCAGCCAGUGUUGGAAUAAGACACGGAUCUCGACGCUAUGGAGUUUGUGUAGACUGUGCAGAUAAAUCUCAGCCUGGAGGGCAAGAGGGAGCAGACCAGGUGCAGGACACAGAUUUCCCUAGGGAUGAAGAAUAUGAAGAAAACGAAGUGGGAGAAGGUGAUGAAGAGCUUGGUGAUGACGUAGAAGAACAGAAUGACCAGUCUCGAUGGGAUGAAUCUGGUGAAGUUUGUAUGCCUUUAGAUGACUGACGAGAGCAUAUGACUUCAGGGUGCUGCAGAUGGACACUGUAUGGAUUGACUAUUUGACUAUUUGAAUUUUGGACUGAAGGCUUGUGAGAUAUGGUACAGGCUGGAUGGUAGUUAAGUUGCUGUGAAAAAUGUAGGGUCAAAGCCUUAUAGCAAAAAAAAGGAUUAUUAAUUUUUUAUGAUAUUUGCACAGGACUGUACAGCAUACAACCGUUUGGUUGAAUUAUACAGAGUCCUCACAUCUACAGUCAGUUAUCAAAAGAAAAAUGUAUUUUUUAUUAUUUAUAGGAUAUAGCUACUUGGGUCCUAUUCAGAUAUAGUAACUGUACUUACAUUACACAUUCAUGUAUCUGUUAACAUGAAUGAAGAUUGCAACUUGGUGUGGAAGUACAAAGACAGCAUCCCCAAAUCCACUCAUACUUCUAGUGAACCAGUAAUGCUAAUUUGGGCUAGUGGGCUUGCUUCCACAAGCAUGUCUUUGCCAUACAAACUUUACCUCUCCCAUAUGCUGAUAGGUGAAAGCCAAUUACUUAAAUAUGCAUCAUGGAUAAUGCCAAGAAUUUAUUGAAAUUUGGUUUUAAAAGUUUUGGCUUUAAGCCAGCAGGUGGUACAGGUGAUAAGCACUGGAGAAGUUAAUAAUGGCAUUAAUUUAGUCUAUUUCCUCACAGUUUUGAAUUUUCAAGAAAGUUGCUAUUGACUUAACAGUUCCAGAGCAAUCUUGCAGGAGAAAUGACCGGUUCUCAAAGGAACAGACUGAUCAGAGCAUGGGCUGCUCUUCUGCCACUUAGUCAGAGACAGUCAUACUAAAAAGCAUCUGUAAUAAAGCUCCUUUCCCCCUCUAAGGCUCCCCCCCUUCACAUUUUUUACUUCCCUGCUGUAUACCUCAGUCCUACAAAAUAAAAGUCCAAGGAAUGGAGAAAGUGUCAUAUUAAACAACUUUUUGAUAUAUAAUUUCUUGUCCGCUUUUUGGCUAGUUGAUGUGAUAUAAAUUGGACACUAGGCUCUUGUGCCCAUCGUUCGUCACUUAAAAUGAACACAAACUAUUUUUUAUUCUUUUGUAUUUAAUGGGAUAUUGCUAGCAUUUAAUAUAAACCAGUUACAUUUAACUCUUUUGCAUUUGACUUAAUUUGCUGGAUUUUCUUUUUUUAAAAAAGGAAAACGAAACAAAGUCCAAAGCAAAACAACGCUCCUUGAGUUGUGUACUUUUCAGGAUGAUCUGCUCCCUAUGCUCUUUAUUUCAAAUUUUCUAUAAGGCAUUUAAACUUGAAUUUUUGUAGCGAUGUGGAUUUUUUUUCUUAAGCUUGUAAUAUUGUACCAAUGAUUUUCAGGCCUCUUUCGUAGGGAGGGGAGGGCAUUACAUCUUUAUCUUAAACUCUUGUGUGUUGUCUAGCCGAAGACAAACGAGUUCAGGCAAUCAUCAGAACAAUCCAUCUGAUGUGCUGUUAUGUCACAGCGAGUAAAUAUGCAGAGCAUUUACCAUAACACAUAGCUAGGCCAGUGUGACAGUACUGUAUAAAAACCAAUUGAGGGUCACCAUAUUCUUCAGCUUUGUUUCAUUUUAAAAGGAGUAUAUUUUUCCUAUUUUAUAUCAGGUAACUAAAUUAUGCUAGUUGUGUGAUAGCCUUGAGCUAUGCUUUGAUGGACAGAAUCUUAACGGUGCUCCAUCUGAUCCAAGUUGGUAUGUAUUGAAAGAGACGAGCUUUACUGUUGUCCUUUCCAUCAGUAAACAGUAACACGAUGUGAAGACAUUGUUUUUGCUGAUUGAAGCUGAGAUGAGUUUGAACUACAGUUAUAUGGGAAUUAAAAUACCUUUUUUUUUAUCAUCAA